AUGUCGUCUAUUCACUAUAAGUUUUGGUCUUCUAUUGAUUAUAAAAUAUUACAAAUACCGGGAUUGAGUAUUAAAGUUAAUAAUUUAAAGACAGCUAUAUUUGAAGCAGAAAAUAUCCGUUCAGAUUUAUUUGAUUUAAAAAUUUUUGAUGCUCAUACUAAUCAGGAAUAUACAGAUGAUGAAGUUGUUAAAAGAAAUAAUUCUGUAGCAAUAAAAAGGAUACCAAGGAAUGGUGGUACAAAGUUGCCAAAAUUACUGGAUAGUAAUGUAUACGGGGAUGAAAUUAAAAAUGGUGAAAGUUUAGAAAAUGAGUCGCUAUUUAGCAAUGUAGAUUAUUCAAAAAUGACAGAGGAUGAAAAAAUUGCUCACUUAAAAAAAGCUUCUGGUCAGGAGUAUCAACCAUCUAAUUAUGCUAAAAAAGGAGUGAAUCAGAGUGGUGUUCCACCACCAUCUUAUAUAUGUAAUCGUUGUUUUCAACCAGGCCAUUGGUAUAAAUUAUGUCCUAUGUUAAACACAAAAAGAACUACAGGUAUACCGACAGAGGAUUUAAUGGAAACAACAAAAGAUGAUCCAAUGGCAAUGUUACAUCCUUCAGGAAAAUAUGUUAUCCCAAUUAUGCAUUGGAAGGCUCGUAAUGAAAAAAAUAAUUUAAUUGGGAGUUCUGUAGAAUCUCAAGGAAAAAUAAAAGAGGAGGAAGAAGAAAAGAAACCUAAAAAUGAUUUACCUUCGGAGUUGGUUUGUCCAUUAUGUAAUUCUUUAUUUGUUGAUGCAGUUUUAACAUAUUGUUGUGGAAAUACAUUUUGCGCUGAUUGUUUAACUAAAAUUAUUAUUGAAGAUAAAGAGGGCAAAUGCCCAGGUGUUAGUUGUAAUCAAAAGAAAUUAAAUUCUAGUAGUUUUGUACCAAAUAAAAAAGUUAGAGAAGCUGUUAAAAAUUAUUCCUUGACUUUAGCUAAAGUUAGUAGGGACAUAAAUAGUAGUAUUAGUAACACCACUUUACCCGUUGACAGUAGUAGUAAUUGUAGUAUUAAAAAAGAUGAAAUAAAAAAAGAAAAAGAAAAUUCAGAGGAUGAAUCAUUGAUUAUCAGAAAUACUAUGUCACCACCGAAAGUUGUGAGGAUUGAUUUGUCAAAUCCUGUAGCUUUAGCUAUGAAUUCUAAAAUUACAGCAGAAAAAGUGUUGGAUAAAAUAAAGAGUUCUGGAAGUCCUAAUGAGUUGGCUGAAGAUGAAAAAAAAUUACCUAUUUUAAAUAAUCUUGUUACCAACCCAGAAUGUCCUAAUAACACUAAUAAUGAUUCUUUAAAAAAUAAAAAUUUAUUGCUUGUUGAUACCAGUGUUCCACCUCCUUUAGGUUUUCCAACUUCAAAUAUGAUGGAGACGCCAAGAUUUGGUAAUCCACAUAUUUCUUCAAUGUCGUCUUCAUUAGCCCCACCAGGAGUUGAUCCACUUAAUUUUAAUAUGAUGAGACAUGGUAGAAUGAUGAAUGGUUUUUCAAAUUCUUUUUCAUUAAUUAACACCUUUCCAGCAUUUACACAGUUUUCUAAACCAGUUGUAAGUGGUUUUGACAAAAUGAUAUUAUCUAAAGAAAAAAAAGAAGAUUCAAAAAAAAGAAAAAGGAAAACAAGAGAUAGAAGCAAAUCAAGGAGAGAAGAUAAAAAAAAGAAGGAAUAUCACUAA